AUGUUUAGAUUAUUUAACGAUAUCAUCUUUUUCAUAAAAAUCAAAUAAAUCAGCUUAUAAUAAGAAUUAAAUUCCUUUGAAUUUGAACAUUAAAGAUUCCAAUUAUAUACUAGAAGUAAAAAAAAAAAACUUGAGAUAAAAUAAAUUAAAAAGGAAAAGGACUUAUUUUAAAAUCCAAAUUCAUUAGAGAUAGGAUAUUUAAAUUAAAAUCAAAUUAAAUACUCAUAAAAAGAUUUAUUUUCUUAAUAUAAAAUCGGUAAAUAUUUAGGUUAAGGCGGUUUUGGCACAGUAUGCGUAGUAAUUCAUAAAACAACAAAAAUAAAACGCGCAUUAAAAACGAUAGGUAAAUGUCAAUUAUCAAUAAAAGAAUAAAUAAAAAUACUUUAAGAGAUAGAAAUAAUGAAAGAAAUAGAUCAUCCAAAUGUAGUAAAAAUACUCGAGCACUAUUAGGAUUAAUAACAUCAUUAUUUAAUUAUCGAACAUUUAGAAGGAGGUGACCUUUUUAAUCGAAUAGUUAAUUUAAAAUAAUUCAAUGAAUAGUAAGCAAGUGAAUAUAUGCGAUAAGUGCUAAGUGCAAUAUCAUAUUGUCAUUCAUUAAAUAUAUUACAUUGUGAUUUAAAGCCUGAGAAUAUAAUAUUUUAAAGCAAAAAUAUAAAAAAUAAUACUUUAAAAGUAAUAGACUUUGGUUAUUCAAUAAAAACUUAACAAAACGAAAAAAUUAAAUAAAAAUCAAGAACUUUAAACUACUAAGCUCCUGAAGUUCUUAAAGAAAAUAAUUAUGAUGAAAAAUGUGAUGUUUGGUCUCUUGGGAUUAUUCUAUUUACAAUGCUAGUUGGAUUUAAUCCUUUUUAAGGAGAUACUAGAGAUGAAAUUUUAUAAAGUAUUGAAGAUUUUAAAUAUAAAAGUAAACUUGAUAAUAUUAGCGAAAAUGCAAAAAAAUUAAUCCUCUAAAUGUUAUAAAUAAAUCCUUGUUAAAGAAUUAGUUCCUAAGAAGCUUUAUAGUAAGAUUGGAUUAGACUUAAAAUUAAAUAAAAUGUUCUUAAUGAAAAUUUAUUAUAAAAUUUAACUAUUUUUUCUUUUAAAAAUUAGUUAAAAAACGCUAUUCUUAAUAUUAUAUGUGUGCAUUUUUUACCUUAUAAAUAAAGAAAAGCUUUAAUGUAAUAUUUUCAAGAACUAGAUUGCAAUAAGGAUGGGAUAUUAUCUAAAAAUGAUUUAAAAUAUGUUUAUUUUAAAGCAUUUAGUAAUAAUUAAUAAAAAAUUGAAAAUUCAAUAUAAUUUAAAGAAAGCUUAAGCUCUUCUUAAUUUUCAGUUAAUUGUGCUAAUAAAUAAACUAUUUUAUAAUAAGAAGACAUAUUUGAGAAAGUAUUCGAAUAUUUUGAUGAUGUAUUUUUUGUAAGUUCUUUUUUUAUAUUUAUAAUUUUUUUAAGAAUAAUUAAGUAUUUAUAACUAAAGUUUGCUUAGAAAAAUUAAUUUAGAAUACUGUUUCUUAAAGAUAAUGGGAUUUUAUACUUUAGAAAUGUAACUCAAAUUAAAGUUUAGAGGUAUAUUAUUCUAUUCUAUUAUUAUAUUAUUAUUUUUAUACAAUUUUUUAAAACAUUUAAAUUAUAUUUUUUUUAAGAUUAAUCGCAAUUAAUUUAUUAAUUUAAUUAAAAAAUGGCUUAAGAAAGAUAUAUAUAAAUAUAAAAACUAUUUCGAAUUAAAAAAACAGGAAAUUAAUUUUAAUACUUUACAAAAUAAUUAAUAAUGAUUUUUUUUUUAAAUUAAAUAAACUAUAUUUAAGAUUAAAUAUAUUAAAAUACAUACAUAUAAAUUAAAAAAUACAUAUAAAAAUUAAUAAUUUAUAUAUAUUUUUUUUUAACUUCUAUUUAUUUUACAAAAACUCAAUCAACAAAAUACCAUUAUCCAUCAAUUUUUUCUCGAAUUUUUUAAUUUUUUUGA